UAUCAGCAGCAAGUAAAAACUGUAAAAAUGAGGUUCUGGGCCUUAGUUUUUUGGGCUUUGUUCUCCACGCUAGGGGCGUUGGCUGAGCAAUGUGGUAGCCAGGCAGGAGGAGCACUAUGUCCAAAUGGCCUGUGUUGUAGCAAAUUCGGCUACUGUGGUAGCACUGUUGAUUACUGCUCCAAUGGCUGCCAGAGUCAAUGCAACUCCGGUGGGACUCCGUCCACACCGUCGACCCCGACCCCGACCCCUACUGGAGGAGGCGACAUUAGUUCACUCAUCAGCCAAGACAAGUUUAAUGAAAUGUUGAAGCAUCGUAACGAUGAAAAUUGUCCUGGAAAGGGCUUUUACACUUACGAUGCCUUCAUUGCCGCUGCAAAUUCAUUUGGUGGAUUCGGCACAACUGGUGAUAGUGACACCCGUAAAAGAGAGAUUGCUGCUUUUUUGGCCCAAACUUCGCAUGAAACUACAGGUGGGUGGAGUAGUGCACCAGAUGGUCCCUAUGCUUGGGGUUAUUGCUUUAUACAGGAACAAGGCAAUCCAGGAGAUUAUUGCGUUCAAAGUCAAGAAUGGCCAUGUUCCCCUGGUAAGAAGUAUUAUGGCCGAGGUCCCAUCCAAAUUUCUUACAACUACAACUACGGUCCAGCAGGAAAGGCCAUAAACUAUGACUUGCUAAACAACCCGGAUGCUGUAGCAACCGACCCGACCAUAUCCUUCAAGACUGCUCUCUGGUUCUGGAUGACACCACAGUCACCAAAACCAUCGUGCCACGAUGUCAUCACAGGCCAAUGGAAGCCAUCUCCAGCUGACACGCAAGCGGGUCGGGUCCCAGGAUACGGUGUCAUUACCAACAUCAUCAAUGGUGGCAUCGAAUGCGGGAAAGGGUCGAACCCACAAAUGGAGGAUCGGAUCGGGUUCUAUAAAAGAUAUUGUGACUUGCUGGAAGUGGGUUAUGGCGAUAACCUGGACUGCUAUAACCAAAGGCCUUUUGCGUAGUUAGGCAUCACCAAUAUUAAUUAAUAGAGUUAUUAGCUCCUUAUAAAGAGCCUCUUUAUAAAGUGAUGCAAUUUUAGCACACAGCUAUAAUAAAAUCAUGAAUGUGGCGUAA